CUUCUUCUUCUUCUUCUGAAAUCUCACUGUCUUCGACUUCGUUAUCCCUUCCUUGUUCUUCCCGCAAAAGGUUUUUCUGUAAAAAAAAAAAUCAAAAACCCUAAUUCUCAUGUUAAUCACCUUCAAUUCAAUUCAAUUCACCUCUCAAUUUCUCAAAUUCAUCGCUCAUGGAUGCACGAAAAAUUUCUAUGGUGAAUGGUUGCAUUGUUUAUACUCGAGCUAAGAGGUCUCUCAAUUCGUCUACUACUUCUUCCGAGGAAAUUCAUGCCAAGAGAUUCAAGGAAGAUGCCGAGGUGAAGGAGGAUGUGAAGAGCGAGUCUCGUGAGGUUCCGGUGAGGGCGACGCCGACGUUUAGGAGGAUUACGAGAUCGGCCACGAAAUCGAAGGUUGAAACCGGUGAGGAAACGGUUACUGUGUUAGAACAGCGAGGUGAAGGUGAUGCUGUUGCAGUUGGUAAAGGUGAUGGUGAGGUGCCGGUGAAGAAUUUCAAGCGAAUUACUCGAUCGGCGAUGAAAGAAAAGGUUGAAUCCGGAGAGGAUAAGGUGACCGUGUUAGAACAACAAGGUGCUGCAGUUGCAACUGGUAAUGGUGAUGGUGCAAUUCCGGUGAGGAGUUUUAAGCGAAUUACGCGAUCGGCGAAGAAAGAAAAAGUUGAAUCCGGCGAGGAGACAGUCAAUGUGUUAGAAGAACAAGGUGCUGCAGUUGCAAGUGGUGAUGGUGUGGGGAGGACAUUCAAUCGGACUAUGCGGUCUGCAACUAUGAAAGCAAAUGCUGGGUCCGGUGAGGAGACAGUGACGAAGUUAGACCAAGAAGGUGCUGCUGUUGAGAGUGAAAUUGAUGGUGCAUUAGCUGUUCGGAGAAACAAGAUGGAGUUGAAGACGUCGAAGAAGAUUGCAGUUGAUAAGAAGCGGCCUACAACAAUGAAGGAGCUCUUUCGUACCGGUUUACUCGAUGGUGUCUCUGUGGUUUAUGUGAGCGGUAUUAAGAAGGUCUCAGGAUUAAGGGGUGUUAUCAGAGAUGAGGGAAUAUUGUGCUCGUGCUGUCUCUGUGAGGGACGCAGGGUUAUUUCACCUUCCCAAUUUGAGAUUCAUGCUUGCAAGCAAUAUAGGAGAGCAGUAGAGUAUAUUUGCUUUGAAAAUGGGAAGAGCCUGCUUGAUCUGUUGAGAGCGUGCAGGGGAGCUCCCCUGCAUGAUUUGGAGGCAACAAUUCAAAAUAUUGUUUGUUCUCCACCUGAGGAAAAAUAUUUUACUUGUAAAAGGUGCAAAGGACGUUUCCCUUCUUCAUGUAUGGAAAGAGUGGGACCUAUAUGCAGUUCUUGUGUAGAAUCAAGUAAAUCUGAAGAAAGUUCGAAGAAUGUAGUUAGCAAAAGAAUCAGGUCUCCUAGACCAGUGUUGGUCUCCAAGUCAUCCUGUGCUUCUGAGAUGUCUAUCUCUCCAAAAAUUAAGAGACGCGGGAGGAAAAGAAGAAAGUCGUCAAAAAGGGUUAACAGCUCAAAUUCUUCCAAGAGUGCUUCUGUGCCUAUUCUACCCCGGAGGAAAGUUACGCCAAAGACGAAAAAGAAGUCACUGUCCGUAAAGUUGAAGACCACUUCAAAUUCGAAUUGUUUAUCUCCACAAAUUAAGAGUGAAUGGAAGAUAACUAAGAAGGAUAAUCGGUUGCACAAGUUAGUUUUUGAGGAAAAUGGAUUGCCUGAUGGAAGUGAAUUAGCUUAUUAUGCUGGCGGACAGAAAUUGCUUGAAGGUUUCAAAAAAGGCUCUGGAAUUGUUUGUAGAUGCUGCAACACUGAGAUUAGCCCCUCACAGUUUGAGGUCCAUGCAGGCUGGGCCUCUCGCAAGAAACCUUAUGCAUACAUUUACACAUCAAAUGGGGUGUCUCUUCAUGAAUUAUCAAUAUCUCUCUCCAAAGACCGAAAAUACUCUGCAAAUGACAAUGAUGAUCUAUGUGUUGUUUGUUGGGAUGGUGGAAAUCUGUUGCUUUGUGACGGAUGCCCAAGAGCAUUUCAUAAAGAGUGUGCAUCUCUAUCAAGUAUUCCACGUGGUGACUGGUACUGUCAAUUUUGCCAAAACAUGUUCCAGAGGGAAAAGUUUGUCGCAUACAAUGUCAAUGCUUUUGCUGCUGGAAGGGUUGAAGGAGUUGAUCCUAUUGAGCAAAUCACCAAGAGAUGCAUUCGCAUAGUCAAAGACAUUGAUGCUGAGCUUAGUGCAUGUGCUUUAUGCAGGGGUGUUGACUUCAGCAAAUCUGGCUUUGGUCCACGCACAAUAAUACUCUGUGAUCAGUGUGAAAAGGAGUAUCAUGUUGGCUGUUUGAGGGAUCACAAGAUGACAUUUCUAAAGGAAUUGCCAAAAGGUAACUGGCUUUGUUGCAAUGAUUGCACGAGAAUACAUUCUACUUUGGAGAAUGUUUUAGUUAGAGGGGCUGAGAGACUCCCUAAAUCUCUCUUGGCUGUUAUAAAGAAAAAGCAAGAGGAAAAAGGAUUGGAUCCCAUCAACGAUAUUAAUGUGAGAUGGAGGCUUCUUAGUGGGAAAAAAGCGUCUCCUGAAACCAGACCAUUGCUUUUGGAGGCUGUCUCUAUCUUUCAUGAAUGCUUCGAUCCUAUAGUUGAUGCAGUUAGCGGGCGUGACCUUAUUCGAGCAAUGGUUUAUGGAAAGAGUGUGCGGGGUCAAGAGUUUGGAGGAAUGUAUUGUGCAUUACUAAUAGUCAAUUCAUCCGUGGUAUCUGCGGGCAUGCUUCGAAUCUUCGGUACAGAUAUUGCUGAACUUCCUUUAGUGGCAACAAGUAACAGUCAACAUGGGAAGGGCUACUUCCAAGCACUAUUCUCUUGCAUCGAGAGGCUCUUGGCUUUCAUGAAAGUAAAGAACCUUGUGCUACCAGCUGCAGAAGAAGCACAAUCCAUAUGGACAGAUAAAUUUGGGUUUAGCAAGAUUAAACCAGACGAGCUUGCCAACUACAGAAGGAACUGCAAUCAGUUUGUGACCUUCCAAGGGACAAAUAUGCUUCAUAAAAUGGUACCUCCAUGUCGAGUCAUCAAUAAUCAUCCCUGAUAAUUUUUUAUUUAUAAAGUCAAUUGUGAAAGGGGAACCCCCUAGCUUUCUAGCCUCCUUUUUUCCUUUCAGAUGUUUUUUUAUUUAUAAAGUCAGUUGUGAAAGGGGAACCCCCUAGCUUUCUAGCCUCCUUUUUUCCUUUCAGAUGUUUGUGUAUAUAGACUGUUAGUUAGCUACUCGAAGCCAUUAUUGGACAGGUUCUUGCCGAUUGUUUUAACAUUUAUGAUCCCAUCGUUUCUAUGUAAAUUAUAGUUUUAAUAGAACACAUGUUAUUGAUCUUGGAUGAGUGCUUCAAAAUAUAUCAGGCUCUACUAGUUCAUUGUUGGCCACAGCAGAAAUUUCAUGGUGUAACAUUAUUACUAAUAUUCUAGUGCAGUUUUAUGUGUUGGAGCAUCGAUUUCUUUAAUGAUUUAGAAUUUUGACAAA